AACGCGCACCAUUGAAAAUGUCAACGAAAGCUCUGGCUUUGCAUGAGGUAUACGUAUAGCUACACGGUGAUAAUUUCAAUGAGAUGAUACCGAGUGACGAUGAUGAAGUUGGUAUUUUGAAAAUUCAGAAAUAAAACGAAUCACUUAAACUAUGAUUGAAAAAAAAACAUGCAAUCAAUAUUUUCAACGAUGAGCAAUAAAUCUAUACAAUAAUAUAAUAAUUGUUAUAUUGAAAAAUAGUUACAAAAGAAAAAAAAAACAAACAAACAUUUUCAUCGUACCCGUAUGUGUAUAAAGUGGUAGUUUCGAUCUAUUCACAUGAUUGAAAAAUCGAGAACAACGUUGGAAAAAAGACGAAAAAUUUACAGCAACAAUAAUUACGAUAUCUUUCGUAAAUUAGUGGAAACUGUGUGAAACCUCGAUUAAUUCAAAAGUGCGGUAUGACAACAGAUAUAUGAUGUAAAUCAAUCGCUUCGUUCACAAACUGUUUGUGUCCAUCGCAACUUAUAAAUUGGAAUACACCAUACGAGUAACGUCGAUUCCGAGAAGCUUGUACGAGAUGAAGCUACACGAGAAAAAAGAAUCGGCUAUUCAUCGGGUCCAAGAAGUUGAUCUGGACGAACUGGAUCUAACGAAGGAAUACAACGUCGAGAAGACAUUGGGAGAGGGUAGUUUUGCCAAGGUUUUAUUAGUGACGCACAAACGCACGCAGACUAGGGUGGUACUGAAGGCGGUGCAUCAGGAAUUGACGUCCGAGAAGGAUUUUUACAAAGAGUUUCAUUACUCUUAUCAUUUGAGCCCGCAUCCGAAUAUACUGAGUUCGUACGCGGUGGCGUUCAGGGCCGAGAACUGUUACGUUUUCGCCCAGGAGUACGCGCCGUUCGGCGAUCUUUCCGGCAACGUGAAGGCCGGCGGACUCUCGGAGGACGUUUGUAAAAAAAUUAGCGGUCAAUUGGCGUCGGCCCUCGAUUUCCUUCACUCGAAACAACUGGCGCAUCGCGACGUCAAGUUGGAGAAUGUUCUGGUGUUCAAUCAGGACAUGUCGAAGAUAAAACUGUGCGACUUCGGCUGCACAAAGAAAGAAGGGACACUCGUCAACAAGAUAAGGUGCACGUGGGUCCCGUUCUUACCACCGGAAGUUUACGAGGUCAUAAAAAACGAGAGGUACACCUGCAAACGGAGCGCGGAUUGCUGGCAAUUCGGCAUAGUGUUGUUCGUUUGUUUGACCGGUAAUCCGCCGUGGCAGUGCGCCGAUUUGAUACAGGAUCCGGACUACUCGGCAUUCCAGAGGUGGCUGAAGAGGAGAACGACGAAAAUCCCGUCUACGUUCAGACGAUUCACGCCGCGACUGCUCAGAUAUUUUCGCAGGAUAUUCGAACACAAGCCGGAGAAACGGGCCACCGUUAACGAGAUUAAUAAAUACCUGAAGGACUCGUGGUGUGUCAAUAAAUUGAGCCAGAGCGCUACGUCAACGUCGGUAGACGUUAGCGAGAGUCUGGCGAGACGGGGCGACAGUCUUUUGUACUUGGACACGCUAGUCGACGAGAAGAAUAACGUCGAUGAGAAUAAGAAUAAAUUGCAAAAAUUAUUGAACACUUACGGACUGGAAACAACGAUCGAUCAAAAGGUCGUAACGAAAAGGAUAUGGGAGUGGGUGAUGCAGUGCGAUUCUAACAUCGGUGAGUCCGGACUGAUCGGUGGCUACGGUAACGAGCCCAUGUGAGAGCUGGCUAGGUCAUCGAGGUCGUUGAGUGAGCCGAACUUGAAGAUCGCUCUGAAAUUACCCGUCGCCGAUAUACCUCACCGAUGUUACAAGAGUCUGAUAGCGGCCAGUCUCGAACGUGCUAAAAAAUCGAAAAAAAUUUCACCUCCAAAAAUAACAAUCAAUCCUGACGGAUAAGAGUGUGAAACUACAACAGCUGACACUGGCGAUAAGAGUACAAAGACUUCGAGGGAAACAUUAUAUUAGUUAUUUAGUUUUGCACAUUCUGCUGUCAAUUAUGAUGAAAAGAAGAAAGAAAAAGAAAAAAAAAAGGUUCUAGAUAAAACAAAAAAUUAUCAUUACCGAGGUAGGAACUAGAAAUCUGACGUUCAACGAGCAGCGGAUGGAAUCCCCGUGAAAAAUCGACGUCUGAAUUAAUUUUUUAGAAUAAAUUUUCUAAA